UGUUACGUGUUUCAACCGGAAGUGACGCUAUUGUAGGAAGUGCUUAGCGGUGCGCGGGAGUUUAUUGAGAGCUAGACUUCAUAUUAAUUUUCUUCUUUCAUCUAAAUCAAGAUAAUAGCAGCACAGGGAUUUUCCUAGAAUGGCUCAACUACACGAAGUGGACUUACCGCCGAACCUGUCAUGUCUGAAAAGCAUAGACACCCUCCUCCGUUGUCCUAUCUGCUUUGAGUUUCUCAACAUCUCCAUGAUGACCCAGUGUUCUCAUAACUUUUGUUCUCUGUGCAUACGGAAGUUUCUGUCCUAUAAGUUGUUGUGUCCUGUGUGUAACUUGCCAUCAACAGAACAGGACCUGAGGAACAACAGAAUAUUAGAUGACUUAGUUCAGAGCUUUCAAGCAGCAAGGCAAAAAUUGUGUCACUCAAAUUUGGAAUCUCCCCCUAUUUCACCGGAAACCCCGGUUAUGACGAUCAAAGGCAAAGGAGCAAGACAAAAGGGCCUCAGAAAGGAAGCAAACACCCUCAGUCAUUUUUUCCAGAAGAAGACCCCUGUGAUUCCUUCAUCAGAGGCCCAAACAAGUCUUGAGCUUCCUGUGCCAGUCAAAUCAGAACCUUUGGAGCUGUGUUUACAGCAGCUAGGUAACCUCAAGGAAGAAAAUGUAGAGGAUACAGUAGGAAUGGUGAAAGACGAAAAGAUGGAUGAAACUGCUUUUCCUUCCACAUCUCACAAUAAUCCACUGGUUAAAGUGGAAUGCCCUGUCUGUGGAGUAGGUGUACCCGAACAGCACAUUAAUAAACAUCUGGAUAUGUGCUUGAACAGAGAUGAUAAGAAGGAGGGAUUGAGAAGUGGUAGAAGGCGAAAGGCAAUGCCUAAGCUCUUGUACACUUUGAUUGCUGUUCCAAAGCUCAAGAAGAUGCUUAAAGAGUGUCACCUGUCCGCCCGAGGCAGCAGAGAGCAGCUUGUGCGACGCCAUCAGGAAUUCACCCACAUCUAUAAUGCACAGUGUGAUUCACUCAACCCCAAAUCAGCUGAAGAAAUUGCCAAAGAAGUUGAAAACAACGAGAGGUUAAAGAAUCAAAUGGAGAGUAAACGAAAACCUGUAAUCGCCACUACGAAGAAUCAGACUGCUGAAGAAAUUGAGGAGCUGCACUCAAUGUACCGUGCGGUUUGGACUCUGCAGAACUGUGGUGCAGAGAUUUCUAAACUGAAUACAGAUUUGGCUUCGUCUUGAGUGGAGCUGCAGUCUUUCGUUUUAAAGUUUCUCUCCUGACAAUUUUGAUAUGCAUUAUCUCUCUUCGGUUAUCUUCAGUAGUUCUCUGCCAAAAUGUUUUCCAUAAACCUUUGCCUUUUGUGACUCCAAGUUCACUAAGCCGCUAAGUGCGUGUGUGUGUGCGUUUGUUUGUGUGUGUGUGGGAGAGGAAGGUAGGAAAAUCCCACAAGGGGUUGGAGGGGCAGGUGGUGAUCAAUACGACAAUACCAACAAGGUCUCAAGAUCAAUCCUACAUCAUUAAAUGUUCCAAUCAGCCUCAGUGACCCAGCUCAAAAUGCUUAGACCAAACAAUCAGACCAUAGGCUCCAAGUUUUAAAGAUACUACCAAUGUUUGAUGGACUGCCUAGAGGGCUUAUUUUUAUGUCAUCUAUAAGGGAAUCAGCCAAUGACACAAAUUAUCAAGGUUGUAAGUUUUGUGGUGAUUUAAUGGAGUAAAAAUUAAAAUUACAUUUUGUUAAUAUAUACACUUUCUCUUGUGUUGUUCCAAACCUGACUGACAUUCUUCCAUAGAUGAGUGAGGACUGAU